GUGGAAAAAUUCUUACCAGAUCACAUUAAGGCUGUUAAGGAAUCAGGUCACAUUGUCGUUUGGACGUGCGACCCAAUGCACGGAAACACAAAAGUAACAAGUUCAGGUGUGAAAACUCGAUAUUUUAAUUCAAUAAUUGAGGAACUUUCAAAAGUGAUACACAUUCAUAAAAAUAAUGCAAGUAAAUUGAAUGGUGUGCAUUUUGAACUUACGGGUGAAGGCGUAACUGAAUGUAUCGGAGGAUCAAUGGAACUAUCACAAGUAGAUCUUGAACAAAAUUAUAAGACUUAUUGUGAUCCUAGACUUAAUUAUGAGCAAAGUUUGGAUGUAGCAUUUUUAAUCGCAAAGUAUUGUGAAAAAGAGCGAAAUGAGUCACUUCCUGCCUUGUAA